CAGCCCCACAACAGCCUCCACACUCCCUCAAAAUCCUGUAUCAUUGCCUCUCACACCCCCACAACUAUGCCUUGCCUCACCCUCUCUGUUCCAGGCACCCUCCACACCACACCCAUGGCCUGCAACAACAUCUGCACUCCCUGCGGACCCACCCCGCUGGCCAACAGCUGCAACGAGCCCUGUGCCCUGCAAUGCCAGGAUUCCCGCGUCAUCAUCGACCCUUCCCCUGUGCUGGUCACCCUGCCAGGACCCAUCAUGAGCUCCUUCCCCCAGAACACCGCCGUCGGAUCCACCUCCUCGGCUGCCGUGGGCACUGAGCUCAGUGUGCAGGGACAGCCCAUCUCUGGUGGCUUUGGUGGCUUUGGCUAUGGCCUUGGCUACGGCCGUGGAUUUGGCUAUGGCCUGGGAGGCCUGGGCUGCUAUGGCAGAAGGGGCGGCAACAUCUGCUAA